GUGGGUGGGGUGCGGAGCGGGACUUGGAUCCGCCGCUGCUGGCCGAUCCACCGCCUACAGAGUCUGUCUUGCGCCUGGUGCUGCCUGGACCAUGCGGCCGGAGCCCGGAGGCUGCUGCUGCCGUCGCCCGGUGCGGGCGAACGGCUGCGUGGCGAAUGGGGAAGUGCGGAAUGGGUAUGUGAGGAGCAGCGCUGUCGUCUCUGCCGCCGCAGCCGGCCAGGCCCCUUCCUCGUGCCCUCGAGACGGCUGCUUCCUUCUCGAGUCCUGGAGCCCUCCAAGGAGAACCAUCCUGGGGUCCUCAGGAGGCAAGAUCCACCACGUUACACAAAAUGGAGGGCUGUAUAAAAGACCAUUUAAUGAAGCUUUUGAAGAAACACCAAUGCUGGUUGCUGUGCUUACUUAUGUGGGGUAUGGGGUGCUCACCCUCUUUGGAUAUCUUCGCGAUUUCCUGAGGCACUGGAGAAUUGAAAAGUGUCAUCAUGCAACAGAAAGAGAAGAACAAAAGGACUUCGUGUCAUUGUAUCAGGAUUUCGAAAACUUCUAUACAAGGAACCUCUACAUGAGGAUCAGAGACAACUGGAACCGACCCAUCUGCAGUGUGCCCGGAGCCAGGGUGGACAUCAUGGAGAGGGAGUCUCAUGAUUACAACUGGUCCUUCAGGUACACAGGGAAUACAAUUAAAGGUGUUAUAAAUAUGGGUUCCUACAACUAUCUUGGAUUUGCGCGGAAUACUGGAUCAUGUAAAGAGGCAGCUGCCAGAGUCCUAGAGGAGUAUGGAGUUGGUGUGUGCAGCACUCGGCAGGAAAUUGGGAACCUGGACAAGCAUGAAGAACUAGAAAAGCUUGUGGCAAGUUUCUUGGGAGUAGAAGCUGCUAUGGCAUAUGGCAUGGGAUUUGCAACAAAUUCAAUGAACAUUCCCGCACUUGUUAGCAAAGGUUGCCUCAUUCUGAGUGAUGAACUGAACCAUGCCUCACUGGUGCUAGGAGCCAGGCUCUCAGGAGCAACCAUUCGAGUCUUCAAACACAACAAUAUGCAAAGCCUAGAGAAGCUAUUGAAAGAUGCCAUUGUGUAUGGUCAGCCUCGGACACGAAGGCCCUGGAAGAAGAUUCUAAUCCUUGUGGAGGGAAUAUACAGCAUGGAGGGAUCUAUUGUUCGCCUUCCUGAAGUGAUUGCACUUAAGAAGAAAUACAAGGCUUACUUGUAUCUAGAUGAAGCUCACAGCAUCGGGGCUCUGGGCCCUACAGGGCGAGGUGUGGUAGAUUACUUUGGCCUGGAUCCUGAGGAUGUGGACGUUAUGAUGGGAACAUUCACCAAGAGCUUUGGUGCUUCUGGAGGCUACAUUGGAGGCAAGAAGGAACUGAUAGACUAUCUGCGGACACAUUCCCACAGCGCAGUGUACGCCACAUCACUGUCACCUCCUGUUGUGGAGCAGAUCAUCACCUCGAUGCAGUGCAUCAUGGGGAAGGAUGGCACCACCCUUGGCAAAGAAUGUAUACAGCAGUUAGCUGAAAAUACCAGGUAUUUCCGAAGACGUCUGAAAGAGAUGGGCUUCAUCAUCUAUGGAAAUGAAGAUUCUCCAGUGGUGCCUUUGAUGCUCUACAUGCCAGCCAAAAUCGGUGCCUUUGGACGGGAGAUGCUGAAACGGAACAUUGGAGUAGUUGUGGUGGGAUUUCCUGCUACCCCAAUUAUUGAAUCCAGAGCCAGGUUUUGCCUGUCAGCCGCUCAUACCAAAGAAAUUCUUGAUACUGCUUUAAAGGAGAUCGAUGAAGUUGGGGACCUGUUACAGCUGAAGUAUUCUCGUCAUCGGUUGGUACCUCUGCUGGACAGGCCUUUUGAUGAGACUACGUAUGAAGAAACAGAAGACUGAGCCUUUUUGGUGCUCCCUCAGAGAAACUCUCCCUCACCCAGGACAGUGUGUGGCCAUUCCGAGCCAGUUCCAGGAACCACACUUCUGUGGCCAUCUCAUGUGAAAGACAUUUUCUCCACUACUGAUGGUGGCCACCUCCACUCUGAGUGGCAUUUUGUAAAUAGUGGGGAAAAAAAAACUGCUUUACAUCUUCCUUUGCUACAUUUCACCUUUUAAAAAAGGUGACUCACUUUGC